UUCAUGCCUUGAUUUGUUAUUGGAGGCGCGUCGUCUGUCGGCGGUAUAUAUAUUUGUGUACUUACCAGCCAAGGUUACAUUAUCUUUUUUUUACUAUUGUGCUGGUGAUCGUUGAGAUACCGCCAUUUCAUUUAUUAAGUAACAACUUGGUUAAAUUAGUAAAUCAUGCCUACUACUAGAAAGAAAGUGAUUAAAACUGUGUAUAAAGAUGAUGAUAGCGAAGGUGACGAUGACUUCAGUGAUUCUGGUUCAGACGCGAAGUUUUCUGCUGAAGGAGAAUCCAGUUCAGGAGAUGAUUUCGAUGAUUCUAAAAGCCAAAACAACCCUAAACCAACAACUUCGAAGGCGGUAAGAAAAAAGCCGAAAUUCGCAAAAGAUUUGGUUCGUAAAAUAAAUAAACAGUCUUCUGAUGAAAAUGUGGAUGUUGAACCAGCAUUAUUUUCCGUAAAAGACCUGACAGAGGCAGAUAAAUUACUACCAUCAAUCCUCAAUCUAUCAGAAAGUGACAGUAGUGAUGAUGAGUCUCCCAAAAUCUCAAAUAAGAAACAAAUCACUUCAGCACAACAUUCAGAACCUGAGAAACAUGAGAGUGACAAUGAAAGUAAAAUGGAAUAUCAAGAUGUCUGGUCAAGCAAUAUCCAGGAUGACAGUGAAGAAAUUGCCAAAAAGACAUUUAUUGAACUUGAAAAACAUAAAACAAGAAUUGAAGAGACGAAAAUGUCCCUUCAGAAUUAUACACAGAAAAUGAAUAAAGAACAAGAAUCUGAUGUCAAAGAUCUUUUGGCUAUGGGCGAGGAAGUACUGCCUCCAGAAACAGAAACUGUUAAAGUUAAGAAGAAGAAGACAAAAAAACAGAAAGACGAUAGUGAUUCUGAAAUUGAAGACUGGGAAGAAGUUAAAGAAUCAAAACCAGCAUCACAACAAGGUAUCCAACUUUUUGUUGAAUUCCCUGAUGCUUGUGCAAGAAAGCGUAAAACGGUUGAUGUUGAGAUGAUGAUGAAGAGAAAAAUCAAUAGAGUCAAGAAAGAGUAUCAAGUUUACAUGCAUAAAGUACAUGUUUUGUGUUGGUUAGGCCAUGGUAACUUCGUUAGUCGAGUUCUAAAUGAUCAAGAGCUCAUGGCGGCUGCAUUAUCUAUAGUCCCAUCAAAAGAAUGCUAUCCAGGGCAAAGAGUCGACAUGAAGUAUGUUGAACAAAUAACAAGCUGGUACAAAGAUAAACUUACUCUAAAACAAGACAAAAAUGAAGACAAAUUCAAACCAAAACAAUUACCACUCAAGGAACUUCUCCUAGAACAAAUGCAAAAACGAGUUGUGACAACUAGAAAAUACUUAGUUUUCAUCUUGGUUACGAUGUUACGUGCAUUAGGUCUUCAAUGUCGUGUUAUGUUCAAUUUUGUUACACUACCAAUUAAACCUCCCAGUUCCGAAUUGUGUUCACUGUCAACAAAAGCAAAAGACGAAAAGGCUAGCUCAGGCAAGUCGAAACAACUGACCACCGAUAAGAAGGACGUGAAAAAAGAAGUUAAAGAGGAGGUUAAGGAGGAAAAAGAAAAGGCCACUACUCCAAGUAGUUCGAAAACAAAACAACUAAUAAUACCUCAGUUAGAUGGGAAUUAUGAUAGCUGCUUUUUUAGUGAUGAUGAUGAGAAUAUAAUGCAAGUGGAUGGAAAUGAUGAUCCUGCACCUAGCAGAACGAGAAGCACAAGAACUUGUAAAAGAAGUAAGGCAACCGACAAUGCAAAGGAAGAAGACGAAGGUGUAUCUCCUCCUAAGGUACCGAAAAAAACUUUAGGCACUGCAUCUCCAAAGCCAACUAAAAAACAGGAGGAUAGCAAAGUAGAAAAGACUACAAGAACGCGGAAAGGAAAAGUUGAAAAUGAAACUGUGAAAGAAAAAGGUGUGGUUAAAGAUAUAAACAAAAAAGAAAGCAUUAACACUGAAAAAACUGCCAAACUUACAACUCGAGCACAAAAAUUAAAUGCUGAAAGCAGUAACAUAUCAUUAAAAAAAGAAAAAAGUCCAAUUAAGGAACCUAGUGUUACCACUGCAAGAAGUAGCACAAGAAACCAAGUAAAUAUUAAAAAUACUAACAGUGAAAAUAAAAUAUCAAGUAAAAGCAUACCAAGUAUAGCGGUGACAGAUGAAAAUGCUAAAGAAGUGUCAAGCAAGUUCUUUGAAGAUACUUCCGCAAAGAAAAAGCCAAGACUCUCCAGACUGCGCUCACAGACAACUAAUCCAGCUGCUUCAAAAUCUAAAAUUGAAGUUAAAGAAAACGUUAGUAAUGCAAAAACUAGAACUAAAAGCGCCCCGGGGACUGCAGUGGAAAAAAGUAAAUAUUUCGACAAAGAGUCCCCUAAAAAAGUUACGCCAAGAAAAACCGCGAAACAAAUUAAGGACGAAAUAAAAGCUGAGAAUAGUCAAAGAGUGAGUCAUAGAGAUCUCACUAAAGCUCAGAAAGUUAAAAAUGAUGUCACUAACGAUCUUGUUGAUAUUAUUAAAACAAGGAUCAAAGUAGCUAAAACUGCUGCCAAACAGAAAAUUGUAAAAGGAAAAAUUAAAAAAGAAUCUGACGACGAUAGUGACUUCUUACCAGAAGAGGAUCCCAAAGGGCUUGAAAGUGAGGAUGAUUUUAAACCUUCAAAAAUAAGCCCUAAGCCGGGAACAAGCAAGCGUAUUGACCGACGUGUAUUGUCAUCUGUCUCUGAAGAAUCGCCAAAAAGCAAGAACCGAAUAGAUGUCUGGUGUGAAAUUUAUGUUGAGGAGCUCGAACAAUGGAUUUCUGUCGAUGUUAUCAAAGGAAAAGUACAUUCUACAGGAGAUCGUUAUGGUAAUGCCACACACCCAGUAUGCUACAUCGUCGGAUGGGAUAACAAUAACUAUUUAAAAGAUUUGACCCGCAAGUAUGUUCCGCACUAUAAUACGCAGACUCGUAAGAUUCGCGCCGAAGCUCCUUGGUGGGACAAAGCAAUAAAGCCGUGGCUGGGACCUAAGACUGCCAGGGAUAGGGAAGAAGACGAAUACUUAGAUAAAAUGCAACUGGAAGCUCCACUACCUACAAGUAUUUCAGAGUACAAAAACCACCCGUUAUACGCGUUGAAAAGGCACUUGUUAAAGUUCGAAGUAAUAUAUCCUCCUGAUGCAGCGGUAUUAGGUUUUGUUCGAAAAGAGCCGGUGUAUGCGCGAGAGUGCGUAUACAUCUGUCAUUCAAGAGAAAUCUGGCUCAAGGAAGCGAAAACAGUCAAACUGGGAGAGAAACCAUACAAAAUUGUUAAAGCACGCCCCAAAUGGGAUAGGCUUUCAAAUAAAUUGAUAACUGAUAAACCUUUAGAAAUUUUCGGACCUUGGCAAGUACAAGACUAUGAACCACCAACUGCGGAAAAUGGAAUCGUACCGCGUAAUGCAUAUGGCAAUGUUGAACUGUUUAAGGAAUGCAUGCUUCCUAAAGGAACUGUUCUUCUCAAAUUGCCUAGCUUGAACAGAGUAGCCAAGAAGCUUGGCAUAGAUUGCGCUCCAGCUAUGACAGGUUUUGACUACCAUGGCGGCUGGGCCCAUCCUGUGUACGAUGGAUUCGUGGUUUGCAAAGAGUUUGAGGAAACAAUCACAGAGGCAUGGGUCAAGGAUCAAGAGGAGCAAGAACGAAGGGAAACGGAAAAAAUGGAAGCAAGGGUGUAUGGCAAUUGGAAACGGCUGAUCAAAGGCUUGAUCAUUGGCGAGCGACUCAAAAACAAGUAUGGGUUUGAAAAACCCAAAGCUGAACCAGCAAAAAAGUCUACAGGACCCAGAUUGGUUGUGAAAAAAAGAUCAUAAUAAUAGUGGUUCAACAUUUUAAUAUACUUUAAGUUUACAUCUAAAUGCAUGAAAAUUCGUUAUAAAAGAAAUACUCUGUGGUAACUUGUUACAUUACAAACGAAAGUUGGGCAAGAACAACAACAACAUGCUAAAUGUAUUUUUAAUUUUAAGGAUGUGUUAUUAGGUUUAUUUUUGUCUAUUAAUAUGGAUAUUCAGCUGGAAGUCUUCACAAUGAAAGAUGCAAAAAAUAUUUUUUAACUAUUCUGUUUUGUCAUUAUUGAACUAAACAUCACCGAACAAACUACCUCAAUCUAUGUUUCAAUAUUCCGAUGGUUACCUACAUCUGCACUAAUGAACGUUUGUAUCUCAAUUUCUGCCUAUGUCUAUGUACCUUUAAAUGUUUUUUUUUUAAUAAUUAUUGUCAAAUUAAGAUUUUCAAUUUAUUUGUUUUAUUAUAAAUUGCAAAUGAAUAAAUUUCCCUUUUUUAAAUUGGUUUUAAUUUUUCGUAAUCUUGAUUUGGAUAAAGAAAACACUAGAUGUCGUGUAUUUAUUUAAUAAAAAUUAUAUAACUUAUACAAAUUUUGUUUAUUAAAUAAAAUAAUAAUGCAA